CGCCCGACGCAGAGGUUCCGGCGGCGCCCGCCAUAACCCUCACCGUCGCCGCCAUUCGCGCCGAGGGGCUGCCCCGUGGGGGCCGGCGGAUGCAACCAGCCCUGGCAAGGAGGUGACGAGGGAAAAGCAUCCAUAGGAUGAUUUCCCAGCUAUCCCAGCUCUAGAAACCAUGGAAAAUCCUAACUAUCCCACCACGCUGGGAUGCUCCUGCAGCGCUCCUCCUUUUCCCUCCCUUUUCCUGUGACUUUUCACACCUUUCGAGCCUCAAAUCCCAAAUUUUUUUUCGCUUUCCCGAGCACCGUUUUUUGGGAUAACACCCACUCCAAACUUCCUUGGCUCCGCCAGGAAUUUUUUUUUUUUUUUGCUUUUCCAGCCUGCAUGGACAGGGCAACUUUUGCCCGUUCCACCGCUUUUUUCCGGGAUUCUGGGAAUUCCUCUCCAGCUUCCGCAGCUCUUCCCGGGGGCCGGGUGGAUUUUAUCGACAAAGCCGAGUCCUUCACGUACUCGGAUUUUUUCCGGGAUUAUCUCCUGCCCAACCAUCCCUGCGUCUUCUCGGCCAAGUUCACCGAGGACUGGAGCAGCAGGAGGACUUGGGUGACGUGCCAUGGGAAGCCCAACUUCGAGCAUCUCCUGCAGGAAUUCGGAGAAGCCGUGGUCCCCGUUGCCAACUGUGACCUCAAGGAAUACAAUUCCAACCCCAAGGAGCAGCUGCCCUUCAAGGAAUUCGUGGAAUAUUGGCGGGAAUACAUCGGCAGCGGCUAUCGCUCCUCCCGGGGCUGCCUCUACCUCAAGGACUGGCACCUGAGCAGAGCUUUCCCAGAGCUGGAUGUUUACAGCACUCCCGUGUAUUUUUCCUCGGAUUGGCUCAACGAGUAUUGGGAUGCGGUGGCUGUGGAUGAUUAUAGGUUCGUCUACAUGGGACCCAAGGGCUCCUGGACCCCGUUCCACGCCGACGUCUUCCGCUCCUACAGCUGGUCCGCCAACAUCUGCGGGAGGAAGCGCUGGCUGCUCUAUCCCGCGGGCCACGAGGAAUUCCUGAAGGAUUGCCACGGGAAUCUUCCUUUCGACGUGACGGCUCCGGAUCUUCGGGAUAAGCGGAUUUAUCCCCGUUACAGCCAGAGCCAGCCCCCUCUGGAAAUUAUCCAGGAAUCUGGAGAGAUCGUCUUCGUUCCCAGCGGAUGGCACCAUCAGGUUUAUAACCUGGAAGACACCAUUUCCAUCAACCACAACUGGGUCAACGGCUGCAACGUGGCCGUCAUGUGGAGCUUCCUGCAGGAUGAGCUGGCGGCCGUCCAGCGGGAAAUCAGCCGCUGGAAAGAUCCCGUGGAUGAGCGGCACCUCCAGUGCCAGCUGAUCAUGAAAUCCUGCACCGGCAUCGACUACAAGGAAUUCUACAACUUCCUCAAAGUCAUCGCCGAGAACCGCGUCUCCCUCCUGGAGAAGGGCCUGGACGAGGAAUCCUCCUCCCGCAACGCUUCCAAAGCCGCCAUCUCCACCUUGGGAAUGCUGCACGCCGUGUUCGACCUCAAGAGGACGGUGAAGGUGCUGAGCUCGUUAAGCGCUAACGAGGAUUUCCACAAGCUGGAUCUCACUUCCCUCUCUCCUUCUCCCGAGGCUCUGCUCCAGCGCCUGGAAGCCGCCAUCGACGCGGCCCUGCUCUGAAUUCCCGCUUUUCCGGCUCUUUUCCAAAGCCUUGGGACUAAACGGGCUCCUCCAAUUCCCAAAGCUUCGCUUCAGAGGAGGGAGAGCAUUCCCGAAGUUUUGGUUCGGAGGAAUUAUGGAAAAUCCCAAACUUCCUUAGGAUUAGGAGCAGCACUCAGGGCAAAAAUUCCCGACGGCUCGAGCCUGGCGUUGGAAUGCAGCAAAUUCCCUGCGCUUAAGCUCAGCUUUGCUCCGGCUCAGUUCUGUUAAAACCACUCCUGCUUCCAGCUCAGCUUUUCCAGCCUCUUUUUUUAGGGAAUUCCGGCAGCUGGAGCUUCCAUGGAAGCUGGGUUUGGGAAUGCUGACUCCGUGUCUUCCAAAGCGGCAUCUCCAAAGCCGGAGAGGCUCAGGAUUCCCUUUGAACUCGACCUCCGUUCAGCUGGGAGCAGAGGGCGCCUCGAGGCAUCCGGCCAAAAAGUGGGAACGCCAACACGCUCCCAGCAUUCCCUGCUCCGCUCCCCUCCGGGAAAAGAUGGGAUCGGCCAGGGAAUGCAAGCACCUCCUGCAUGCUUCCACAGCACAAUUCCCAGCCGGAAUUCCGCCAGAUAUUCCCAGUGGAACACCUCCCCCCCCACCCCCCAUCCCAAUUCCUGCUUUUCCUUGGAAUCCAGAACCCCCUGGAAGCACAAACGGCUGCGCACUGUUACCUUCGGGCCCCACCAGCUGGAUCCUCUUCCUCAAGAACUCCCUUGGGAAUGAAAGGAGAGGAAAAAAAACUUGGGAAGUUUCGGGAAUUUUUUCCGAAGGAAAAUCGGAGGAUCCACGUGGUUUUCCAGAGAAUUCCUUGGAAUUUCCACGCCCCUGCCCUUUGCAUGGCCUUUCCUAGGAGGAAGUCGGCAUUUUGGAGUUUGGAAUUACAAUCCCUUCCCCAGAGCAUGGAAAAACGGAUGGAAAACCCGGAAUUUUUUGGAAUGAACGCAUCCCAGCCGGGAGAAUCCCGGUUUUAGGCGCCUCUGGAAUUCAAUUCCCAGCUGUUCCCGUUUUCCCAGCCGGGCAGUGAAUCGAGGGAGGUUCCCCGGAGGCUCGGAACGAGGCUCGGAAGCGGAUUUUCGGGAAGAAAAGCCUGGAUUUGGUGGUGUAUUCCCGCUGUUAAGCCCGGCUUAAUCCAUGGAUCCAGCAGGGAACAGAAGCACAAAAUUCCCAUUUUCUCGAAAGCUUUGGACUUCCAAUUCCUCAUUCCCAGGAAUCUCAAGGAGCCGCGUUCCCGGAAUGUGGAAAUUCCCAAAGAAGAAGCCGCCGGCGAUUGGAACAAGGAGAAGACGGGGCCGGGAAUGGUCGGAAUUCCAAAGCUUUAUUGAAAUAAAGAUCCAGAGGCAUUCCUUGA